AUAUUUCGAUCAUCGAAAAGGCCUAUUCCAAAUUUUUGAUAUUCGUAUGCUAUUUUCUGAUGAUCGCCACCAUGAUACCGAGCGGUCUAAGUAUCCUUCUGGAGUCGCAGGAGACCUUCGAGGUCAAGUUACGUAGCAUCGGUCCGCUCACCUUCUGGUUCAUGGCGAUAGUAAAUUAUUCCUGUCUUUUAAUGCAUGUCGACGACAUACGCGCCUGUGUGAAGCAUGUGAAGAUGGACUGGCAGCUCGUUAAAAAAAUUGAAGAUCGGCAGGUAAUGCUGAGAAAUGCCAAGAUAGGUAGAUUCAUCGCUGGUUUCUGCGCCGUGUUUAUGCACAGCGGUGUGUUUUCGUAUAAUGUUGCCCGAGGUUUCUCCACGGAUAUCUUAUACGUGGGUAACAGCAGUGUGGUGGUUCGCGCAUUACCUUAUCCCUUCUAUAGCAAGAUCUUGAACGCGCACUUCAGUCCAGCGUACGAGUUCGUGUUUUUUCUACAGUGCUUUUCGACCUUCGUCGUCAAUUCCGUCACGGUCGCUGCAUGCGGCCUCGCAGCAGUUUUCGUGAUGCAUGCGUGUGGUCAGUUGAGAAUUUUAAUGUUUUGGCUGGAAGAUCUCGUGGACGGACAAAAUGAAGAAAGAAAUUAUAUGAGACAAAAGUUCGCCAUCGUCGUAGAGCAUCACCUGAGAGUGUUGAGCUUUGUAUCUCGUACAGAAAGAAUUACGAAUAUAAUAUGUCUCAUAGAAUUAGUCGGAUGUACAAUGCAUAUAUGUCUUUUAGGAUAUUAUUGCAUUAUGUCUCACAAGUCCGCGAUAAACGGUUGGAACUAUAGCAUCCAACUCAAUCGCUGGUUCCUAAAACCGGUCGGUGUGUGGCCUCUGACACUUUGCGAGACUACGAUUGAGAAGAUCGGCUGCGUGAUCUUGUAUAUGAUCAGCUGCUUCCUGAUAUGUUAUCUGCUUGUUCCGUGCACUUUGGGCACCAUUCUGGUGGAUACCGAUCUCGACAUGAAGAUCAGAAUGAUUGGUCCAAUCAGUUUCUUCCUGAUGGCCGUGGCAAAGCAAUACAUCCUCGUCGCUCGCAGCGAACGCAUCACUGAAUGCAUCCUACACAUCCGCGCGGACUGGGAUCGAGUCAAGCUAGGUCACGAGAAGGACCGGGAGGUCAUGUUGGUCAAUGCCAAAUUCGGCAGAUGGCUUUCUUACGUCAGUGCGGCCUUUAUGUAUUCCGCUGGUUUCUUUUAUACCACGCUGAUGCCGUUGUGCGCGAAGAGAACGGAGAUAAUCGAUAAUGAGACAGUGAGAUUGCUGUCCUUCCCGAUCUACCGCGGUCUCCUCGAUCCACGGACCACUCCAUCCUUUGAAAUCGCUCAGUUCAUGCAGACUCUAGCCGGUUACGCCAUUUAUACGCUCACCAUCGGUGUCUGCAGUAUGGCUGCGGUAUUCGUCAUGCACGCUUGCGGUCAGUUUCGGAUACUCAUGUUAAAACUGGAGAAUCUUGCGGACGGAAAGGAAAGAAAGAGCACCAGUGGAAAGACGUCCCAAGAAAGACUCAGCGACAUCGUAAAAUAUCACAUCAGGAUACUAAGUUUUAUAACUCGCACCGAAGAACUAUUAAAUGAGAUUUUCUUCGUGGAUGUAAUAGGAUGUACGCUCAAUAUAUGUUUUUUGGGAUUCAAUAUGAUGACGUGUACACAAGUUGGAAUAAAAUCUUACAUGAUAAACUGGUAUUAUUUACCAAGUAAAGAUGCGCUCGGUUUAACAUUAAUAAUGGCUAUGUCCAAUGCCACGAUUAAACUUACAGCAGGAAAAUUUAUGGAGUUAUCUUUGGCCAGUUUUUGCAGCCUAUGCCGUUGGAUUCUGAAACCGAUCGGCAUCUGGCAUCUGAUUUAUGGCCGUUCGUCGCUAUACGAGAAGCUAAUUUCGAGAACGCUGAUCUUUGUAUGCUUUUCCGUCUUGUGUUUUGUGCUCAUUCCCGCCGGUCCGUACACUCUACUUCGCGAGAAAGACAUCAUAAUUAAAAUUAGGCUCUUCGGUCCGGUUUACUUCUGCCUAACUUCUGCAUUAAAGUACUGCUUUCUCGGAAUGCGCGGUACGGCGAUUAGAAGAUGUAUCGAGCAUGUCGAGCACGACUGGCAAGUGAUUCAAUACGAGGAUCAUCGUAAAAUGAUGCUGAGAAACGCAAUGGUGGGUCGCAGACUCACCACGUUGUGCGUGAUCUUUCUUUACAUCGGUGGAAUGUCUUAUCAUAUGAUUAUGCCGCUCAAGAAUUACACGAUUAGACCGCUGGUUUAUCUCGGUUACGAUAUUUACUUCAACCCUCAGAUAAGUCCCGCUUACGAGAUCGUGUUUUUCCUCCAUUGUCUAUCUGCUUUGAUCCAGUAUAGCAUCACGACAGCGACGUGCAGUUUGGGAGCGAUUUUCGCGACACACGCGUGCGGACAAGUGCAGAUAUUGAUGACACUAUUGAACGACCUGGUCGAGGGUAAAAGAAGCAAGAAUACCACCGUGGACAACCGUUUGAGUCUAAUAACGAGACAUCAUGUGCGAAUACUGAGAUUUAUGGCCGACGUGGAGGAAGUUUUACGUGAAAUAUGCUUGAUGGAACUAGUAGCCGCAACUUUGAUUAUAUGUUUACUCGAGUACUAUUGCAUGAUGGAAUGGGCAAAUAGCGACAUCGUGGCAAUCUUGACGUAUUUUAUUCUACUGAUAUCUUUAUCGUUCAACUUUUUAAUAUUUUGUUACAUCGGCGAGCUCAUCGUAGAAGAGUAUAGCAAAAUUGCUUCAGCUGCGUAUGAAGUCAAUUGGUACGACUUACCUGGUCAUAAGGCUCUCAAUCUUGUAUUGAUCAUUACAAUGUCUCAUUAUCCGCCCAAGCUUACGGCUGGCAAGUUCUGCGAUUUAUCCCUGAAUACUUUUAGCACUGUAAGUUUCAUAUAUGGAUAAUUAUUUU